GCGGGGAAUAUUCUACACUUAUAUAGUAUAGUUAAUAUAAAUGAAAUAAAUGUUGGGUAUUUGAGUAUACAACAUAGACUUUUUGCAAGUAACAUUAUACCGUAUAAUAGCGGUUUUCACUUGGUGGGGACAAAGGAUUCAUUUGCUGAUACUUGUUUAAGCACCAAUAUGUUUUCGUUCUGUUUAUAGAAUAGCUCGCGGAAGUUCAGGUGUCAAUAGAAAUCUUAGAAAAAAAAUUAUAAUUCGAUAAUGAUUGUUUUUAAACUCUUUCUUUUCCUGAGUGUUAUCUGCUUAACUUUAGAAUUGCCUACACUAGUUGAAAAUGUUGAGACAAGUAAUGAUGAAGAUAAUAAAGAUAUUGAAAGUGAUACCCUUCGACUAGUAACAGUGGUAAUGAGGCAUGGAGACAGAGCACCACAAGACACUUAUCCAAAUGAUCCUUAUAUCAAUAAUUCCAUGGAGCCUUAUGGUUGGGGACAAUUAACAAAUGAAGGAAGAAGAAAUCAAUACAAUCAAGGUGUUUUCUUAAGGAAACAGUACAAUAAUUUUUUGGGUCCAACUUAUAGCCCUAACAUAUUUUACUUGCAAUCCACUGCUGUUGACCGUACAAAAAUGUCUGCCAUGUUAGAAGCAGCAGCUUUGUGGAAACCAACUGAGAAACAGUCUUUUAAACGUGAUUUAGCUUGGCAACCUGUUACCUUAUUUUACCAACCACGUUCGGAAGAUAGGUUAAUGUUAAUAUGGGAUACAUGUCCAAAAUAUACUAAAUUACGACAUACAAUUACGAACUUGUCAGAAGUUCAACGAAUUCAAGACGAAAAUAAACAACUUUACGAAGAAUUGACGAAUUUAACAGGUAUGGUGAUUUCAACUCCCGGUGAUGUGAGUUCACUUUACGGAACUUUAACAGCAGAGAAACAUAUGAAUUUGAUUCUUCCCGAGUGGACUAAAGAUUAUUAUCCUGAUAAACUAAUACCGCUUACAUUAUACGAUUUUCAACUUAAUGUGUAUAAUGAUGAUCUUAAGAAACUUAAAGGAGGACCUUUUCUAAAAAAGAUUGUUAGCGAUAUGUUAGCGAAAAAAAAUAAUAUUUUAAAACCUGAAGAAAGAAAAAUGUUUAUGUAUGUUGGUCAUGACAGUACUAUUGUAACUUUAAUGGAUCUUAUGCAUGUAUGGAACAAUCAAAUACCACAUUAUAAUAUUAUGGUAAUGAUUGAGUUGCAUGAAAAAAACGGUGGAUGGAAUGUUCAGAUGUUUUUAAAAAAUAGCACUGAACAUAAACUAUAUCCUCUGAAUGUUCCUGGGUGUACAACAGUAUGUCCUCUUGAACAGUUAGUACAGAUUUUAAAACCAAUGAUUCCAGAUAAUUGGGAUGAAGAGUGUAAAGUCGAUGGAGACUAUACUCCUCCACCUGCCCCGCUUCCUUGACUAUAGUUAUUUGGUAAAUAUGAA